AAUACAAUUCACGCGCGAGAAAACUGAACCCAGAUCCGUUGAAAUUGGAAUGGAAGCCAAGCUGAAAGCAGAGGAAACAAAGUCCAGGGGCUGGUUUUGGUGGUUACUGGUGUUGGUGAUUGGAGCUCUUGUAGUCGCAGCGGCUACACUGACUAUUUUAAGAGAUUUCCGUCGCUCAGGGUCAGCUUCAAGAAUCCCCGGCCACCCCGGCGCUGUUGUUGAAUCAUACGCCUUUGCUCUCGAAACAGCUCUGCAAUUCUUCGACGUUCAAAAGUCAGGUAGGCUGGAGAACAAUAGGAUUUCGUGGAGAGGGGACUCGGGGUUAAGAGAUGGGAGUGAGGAGAACUUGGAUUUGUCGAAAGGAAUGUACGAUGCAGGUGAUCUGAUCAAGUUUGGAUUCCCCAUGGCUUUUACGGCAACAAUGUUGUCGUGGGCGAUUCUUGAAUACGGGGAUCACAUGAGUGCAGUGAAGCAACUGGGACAUGCUCAGGACUCACUCAAGUGGAUCACUGAUUACCUUGUCAAUGCUCAUCCUUCUGCAAAUGUGCUUUAUGUUCAGGUGGGUGAUCCUGAACUAGACCACAACUGUUGGCAAAGACCUGAAGCCAUGACUGAGAGAAGACCUCUGGUGGAGGUUAACAUGUCAUUCCCAGGAACAGAAGCUGCAGCAGAAACUGCAGCAGCUAUGGCAUCAGCAUCUCUGGUUUUCAAGAAAAUCAAUUCUACUUACUCUAGAAUGCUCCUUAUGCAUGCACAACAGCUUUUUGCUUUCGCUGAUACUUAUAGAGGUUCAUACAGUGUCAGCAUCCCCCAAGUGCAGAAAUACUACAACUCCACAGGAUAUGGAGAUGAACUCUUAUGGGCAGCUACUUGGCUCUAUCAUGCAACUGGAGAACGAUCAUACCUCAGAUAUGUAACUGAAGAAAACGGCAAGGGAUUUGCUAACUGGGGCAGUCCAACUUGGUUUAGUUGGGAUGACAAGCAUGCUGGAACUCAUGUUCUCCUGUCUAGGAUAAAUUUCUUCAAUGCAGAAGAUGUGUCAAUGGCUGAGAAUCUUGAUCUCCAGCUGUACAGGAUAUCUGCUGAGGCCAUCAUGUGUGCACUUCUACCAAAUUCACCAAUGGCCACUUCUGACAGAACAGAUGGUGGUCUGAUAUGGGUAAUAGAGUGGAACUCUCUACAGCAUCCUGUGGCAUCUGCCUUCCUGGCUGUUCUUUAUAGUGAUUACAUGCUCACAUCCCAGACUGAAACUCUAUAUUGCAGUGGUAGAUCAUACAAGCCAGAAGAUCUUCGUAAAUUUGCCAUUUCUCAGGCAGAUUAUGUCUUGGGAAAAAAUCCAAUGAAGAUGAGCUAUCUUGUUGGAUAUGGGAGUGAUUACCCUCAAUAUGUACACCACAGGGGAUCUUCAAUUCCUGUUGAUGCUGACACUGGCUGCAGGGAGGGGUUUAAGUGGCUUAAUUCUUCCGAUCCCAAUUGCAAUGUGGCUAUUGGAGCACUUGUGGGUGGACCCUUUCUAAAUGAGACCUAUAUCGAUUCCCGAAACAACUCAAUGCAGGGUGAACCCACCACUUACAACAGUGCUCUCAUCGUUGGCCUUCUCUCUGGCUUGAUAUCCAGUUCUUCAGUAGUUAGGAAUUUUGCUUAGAUGAUAAUUUAAGUAUCUCAAAUAGGAGAGAGGUAGAUAGAUUAAAGUGAACCCUACAGAGCCCACUUCAUGUGUAUCAUGUUUUUGUCCCUCUCCCACUUGAAAAUCCGUUUUCUUUUCUAGAAUUAGCCAACAAUGUAUAGGA